CUGAGGAAACUCCUAAGACACCCAGUAGGACUUUUGACCCAUUUGAACAUUGUGAGAAUACCAUUGAAGCGACUGAAUACAAAGAUGUCUUACUUUUAUUUAGAUUCAAUGACAGAAACCUUCCUUUUAAGCUAAAAGACAUAAUUAUGGGUGACCUGCGUUUGCUUACUCUCUUAGAAUCUGGGCUUCCAUCUUGGGUAAUAUUCCUUCAAUCAUAUCCUGUCGUUGGCCAUGUUUAUCGUCCAUGGAUGUGUCCUCUUGCCAGAGCUUUAUAUACGAUCAUUUCAAUUACCACUGUUGUGAUUGGGUUUUACGACUUAUACAAGAAUGUGCCACUUCUUAAGGCAACAGCAUCUCGUUUGCUUGGACCUGUUUUUGAUUGGAUAGAGACUUGGGAGAUGGUAUCAAGGGUCAAAUACUUGGGAACAAUGCUAUUCUUGCAUAAUUUUGAAAAGGCUGUUAAGUGGCUUCUGAUGAUAACACAUACUAUGAGAUCAUUUUUUUCUGUUCUUGCUCAGCCAAUUGUUGAGCCGCUUAUAGAAUUUUCCGAAUUCUUUCUUCCAUUCUGGACUGUGUGUAUUCAAAUGUCGGAGAGCUUCUUUUCAUUCAUCUGCAUUGUUUUCGGAUCUUCAUGCAUGCAGUUUUAUUGGCAAUGUGGUGGAGAUAAUAUUCUUACCAAUCUGGUUGAUCCUGACAUUUAUCUGGACCACUGCAAUCUCCAUCAUUUUGCCAAUUUUUUGGGCCUGCUGGGAAAUCUUAAAUGCGCCAGUUCGUUUCAUAGCCUUUGUCUGUACCCUGAUAUAUGAAAUGAUUGGAGAUUUGUGGUCAUCUGUUUGUAGUAUAGUUCAUAUUG